UUACAAUUUCUGUACUUGCUGGUCCCUGUUUUCAUAGCAGAAUUGGUAAAGACGCUUCCUUUAUUUGGGUUUUAAGCUUGGUUUUUAUGCAAGUUACUUUCUGGGUUUUUGACCAACUUGUUUGAGCGUUCAACAUUAUCCGUGGAACUUGCCCAUUUUGUUCUUGGGGUUUGUUCAAAUUCAGUGAAAAUUAGAGUUAACUUGUGCAGUGGGGCAUUUCUACAUGUUGAUUUCAGUGAUUCUUUUAUGGGUUUUGUCUCUUACUCUAUCUUACCCUGCAUUCUUCUUCCAAUUUCUGUGCUUGUUGGUCUCUGUUUUCCCUGAAAAAUUCUUGAAGAUGCUUGCUUUAUGUGGCUAAUUUAGCUUUGUUUCUGUAAGUUUUUCUUUUGUGGGCUUUAACCAACUUGUUUAAGCUGUUGAAUAUUACCCAGGAAACUUGCCCUUUUCAUUCUGAAAUGAGAAGGAAUCUGUGAAUUUGAGCUUCUGAGGAAAGAUUUCGUCUUGGGAUUUUGUCAAAAUUUACUGCAAAUUACAGCAAAUGGGGUGUUUUUACUUGUUUUUUUCAGUGAUUGUGUCAUGGGCUUUGUUCCUCCCCAGUACCCAUGAGUUGCAAACCUCUCAGAGCCAAGUGUUAACGCAGCUGAGGAAACAUUUAGAGUUCCCUUCCCCAUUAGGAGUUUUGGAGAAUUACACUGGAGACCUCUGUAACCUAUCUUCCCCUGCACAUCUGAGCAUUUCAUGCCAGGAAAAUUCUAUCACUGAGCUCAAAGUCAUGGGAGAUAGGCUUUUUAAUGUCACUGAGUUCAAUGGAUUUGCAAUUCCCAAUAAAACUCUUUCUGAGAAGUUCUCCAUUGAUUCUUUUGUGACCACAUUGUCAAGGUUGCCUAGCUUGAGGGUUCUUAGCUUAGUGUCUUUGGGGAUUUGGGGACGACUUCCUGAUAAGAUUCAUAGGUUAUCUUCGCUUGAAGUCUUAGACCUGAGCUCAAAUUUCAUAUUUGGUUCAAUUCCCCCUAAGAUAUCCACAAUGGUCAAGCUUCACACUCUAAGCCUGGAGGUCAAUUAUUUCAAUGAGACUGUUCCUGAUUGGUUGGACUCGUUAUCAAACCUCACCAUUUUGUGCUUGAAGAACAAUCAGCUCAAGGGUCAGUUUCCUUCUUCAAUAUGCAGAAUUAAGACGCUCACUGACCUUGCUCUGUCUCACAAUGAGCUUUCUGGAAAAUUACCUGACAUGAGUACUUUAACCAGCCUGCAUGUAUUGGAUUUGAGAGAAAAUGAUUUAGAUUCUGAACUACCAGUGUUGCCAAAAAGAUUGGUUACAGUACUUCUUAGCAAGAACUCGUUCUCAGGAAAGAUUCCGGUGCAAUUUGGUGAUUUGAGUCAGCUUCAACACCUUGAUCUAUCAUUCAAUUAUCUCAGUGGAGCACCACCCUCUAACUUGUUCUCUUUGCCAGAGAUCAGUUAUCUGAAUUUAGCAUCCAAUAUGCUGAGUGGACCAUUUCCAAAUGGUCUAAAUUGUGGUGGCAAACUUGGUUUUGUUGAUAUUUCUAAUAACAAGUUAGCAGGGGAUCUUCCUUCUUGCCUGGGUAGUACCUCAGAUGAGAGAGUUGUUGAACUCAGCGGUAACUGUUUGGCCAAUGCUUCCCAACACCAGCAUGACCAUUCAUAUUGUACAAAGGCUCUUGCAAGGAGAAAACAAUCUAGUGUGAGAGAGAUUGUGGUGCUAGUUGCUGUUGCCAUCGGAGCACUUCUUGUUUUAGUACUUUCUGUACUUGCGGUUAUUUGCUUGUGUAGAAGAUACCGUUCAAGGAAGUCUGAGCAUAACAUAUUUGCAAAAGCUGUGCCAGAUAAUUCACCAAAUGAUCUUUGCUCGAACAUCGUUACAAAUGCUAGAUAUAUAUCUCAAGCAGCGAAAUUAGAGACACAUGGUGCCCCAGUAUGUCGAUUGUUUUCCCUUGAAGAGUUGAGGGUAGCAACAAACGACUUUGAUUUCUCAAUGUUUUUGGGUGAAGGCUCUAUGGGAAAGCUUUACAAAGGCAAGUUGGAAAAUGGGACCUCAGUUGCAAUCAGAUCUCUGGCUAUAUCAAAAAAAUGCUCAACUAAUAACCUUAAAGUUCAGCUGGAUUCACUCUCAAAGCUUCACCAUCCUCACUUGGUUGGCCUGUUGGGUCAUUGCAUUGACAGUAGUGGACAAGAUGAUUCUGGUGGCAAAAGACUUUUCCUUGUAUAUGAAUACAUCUCUAGUGGGAAUUACCGUACCUAUCUUUCAGAAAACUAUCCAGAGAAGGUUCUCAAGUGGUCUGAUAGAUUGGCAAUUCUAAUAGGAGUUGCAAAAGCAGUCCAUUUUCUACACACUGGGGUUAUUCCAGGUUCUUUCAACAAUCGAUUGAAAACAAACAACAUACUGCUAGAUGAGCAUCGGAUUCCAAAGCUGAGUGACUAUGGGAUGUCCCUCAUCACAGAAGAAAUUGAAAAACCUGAGGCAAAAGGAGAAGGCCCAAAAUCAAGGCGUAAAAAGGAUCUGGAGGGUGAUGUUUACAACUUUGGAUUUGUACUACUUGAAUCACUCGUCGGACCUAUAGUAAGUGGAAAAGGGGAAACCUUUCUGCUGAAUGAAAUGGCAUCAUUUGGGAGCCAAGACGGUCGAAGAAGAAUUGUGGAUCCAGUUGUGUUGACAACUUGCUCACAGGAGUCGUUAUCCAUUGUGGUAUCGAUCACAAAGAAAUGCAUAUCUCCAGAAGUAUCAUCACGUCCCUCUUUCGAAGACGUGCUUUGGAACUUGCAGUAUGCAGCUCAAGUCCAGGCCACUGCUGAUGCUGAUCAAAAAUCCGAUGCUACAUCCGUGAGCUGAUAUCCUCCUACACUGCCACUGUCUUGCUUGUAAGAAAAGGCAAGGAAGGCCUGUAAAAAAAACUUUAAAAAGAGAAAGUAGACUACUUGGUGUGGGCUUGUAAAUGCAUGCUAGUUACUGAGGAAUGGUAAUUGUACAUUGUAAUUGAAUGAUUUGUUCCGAGGAAUUAUAGAAGAAAAAUUGUGAAUGGGGAAGUGGCUAAUGGUACUAUUAGAGUAA